AUGGACAUGGCGAUGAGUAAUGGAAACGACAGCACAACUCCACACGUCCACGGCCCCGAGGAAUUAGCAACCGCAGCAGCAGCAGCAGGAGGAACAGCAACAACACGCAUCCGUAAACGCAUCCCCAAAUCGUGCCGCCGCUGCCACCGCCGCAAACAGCGGUGCGUCGGCGCCCCCGUCUGCGCAAACUGCGAGCUCGCGGGGCAGGCCUGUAUCCGGUCGGAUAGUGUGCCCUCGUGGCACCAUGGGAUGUCCAAGGGGGCGCUUGCGCAGCGGAUCGAGACGCUCGAGGCGCAGCUUGCUGCACUCACGGAGAGUAACGGGUCGGAGGUUGGGGAUCGCGAACGAGAUCGGGAUCGGGACCGCGUCCCGAGUCUACAGGGUCCAGGGAGCUGUACGACGGCGAGUGCGAGUGCGAUCGCGAGCUCACCCAGUGAAACAGACACACACGGCGGCGGCGUCAUGCACUUCCUGAUCCAGGGCCAGGGGUACGAGAAUAAAGUCGAGGGCAACUAUCUCGGCCCCUCAUCCGGCCUCGCGAUCGCCGAGAACAUCAGCCGGAUCGUGCAGGACGCAGUCUGGAAAUCGAUCCCCGUCAACGAGACACACGAGUUCCUUGCGCCCUGUGAGAACGAAGUGACGGGCCCCGCGCCGCCGCCGGACGACGCGAUGGGCGCGAGGCUCCUCGAGGCGUACUUUAAGAGCAUGCAGAUGCGGCUCCCCUUCCUGUGCCGGUCGGAGAUUUACGAGUUGCAUGCGAAGCGGCAUCUCCCGGUGGGAAACACGACGGCGGAGCAGUUUGCACGGUUCAAGAUCUUCAUGGUGUAUGCGAUUGGGGCGGCGAUUCUCAAGAUGACGGAAAUGUACGACUCGACGCCGCCGAGGCAUUACUUUGUCACCGCGAUGCAGUACCAGCCCUCGCUGCAGGAGUCCCUUUCCAUCAACAGUAUUGAAGCGCUGAUGCUGAUGGCCAUGUACAACGUCCAGUCGGCCGCGAGCUCCAGCGUCUGGUACAUGAUGGGCCUCGCCAUGCGGAUCUGCGUGGACUUUGGGCUGCACCGCGAAGCACAGUAUCGGCGACUGCGGCCGUACGAGGCCCAGCGGCGCCGACGGCUCUUCUGGAGCGUGUACCUGCACGAGCGGUCCGUUGCCUGGUCGCUGGGCCGGCCGUUUAGUAUUACGGACGAGGAAAUCGACGCGGAGCCGCCGGCCGACAUUGACGAUUCGCUGACAGAUGAUCGCGCAAUCGAAGAGAUGCGCCAAAACCCAAAGAGCCCGCAUGAGCGGUGGCAGGGCCCGAACAUUCGCUGCGCACUCACCUGCAUCAAGCUGUCGCGGAUCUCGUCGGCCACGCGUGCCAAGGUGUAUCGGCUUGAUCGCGAUGUCGCGACUCUCUUGCCAGAGGUGCCGCCCACAUUGGCUGCCCUGGAUGAGUUCCAGAGGAAUAUCCCUGCCCUCUCUGCGUACGAGGAUGAUUUCAUACAUAUGCACUGGAAUGGCGCGAUACGGACAUUGUUACACCCGUUUCUGAGCAUCUUACCGCCAGACGAUGAGCUUGCACGAAAGUGUCUGCAUGCGUCGGGGCAGAUGUGCCAGUACUUCAAGCGGCUGCGACAGCGCGACUCGACGUGGUAUUCGUUCAUGUUGAUAAAUACGAUCUUCAUGUCGGGGUUGACGAUAUGCCUCCUUCUCUUCCGCUCCCCAAGCCUCUGGACAAUGUCCGUCUCCAACGAUCUCCGCGCCUGCUCCUCCGCCCUCUUCGUCAUGGCCGAGCGCCACCCGAGCGUCCGCAAGUACCGCGACGCCCUGGAGACAACCAUCAACCGCGUAAUGGACUACGUCAGUGAUGCGCAGCAGCACGAGCACCGGGGCAUGUCCAGUGUUCCGGAGAAGCCGCCGUGGGGCGUGCACGGACACGGACAUGGGCAUGGGCUGGAUCGGUCGCUUACGGACCCGCCAACACCGGGGUUCCUCAUCCCCUCGCCGCUGGCGAGUCGGGGGCAUGGGAACGGGGGUGGGGGUGAGCAGACGCCGCGAACGCCCGAGACGCCGGAUGCGAGGACGUUUUCGGGGUUGUUUGCGGAGGACUUUUGGGCGGGGGAUGCGUUUGGAUUGCACAUGGGGGAGACGUUUGGAUUGAGGGUGUAG